CUUUGAUUCAGGGUUGGGUCUCUCUCUCCCUCUAACGUUUCGACAACAUGGACUGCACGCACAGAACUCUCCGCCACUCUCUCUCUCUCUCUCUCUCUCUCCAUCAACAUUCAAGACCACCCUUCAAUUUUGGACCUUUCCAUAUUCGUGUGCAACUCUCUUCCCAUUUUCUACAUAAUUCCAUUUUCCACUAUUUCUCUCCACCGUCUCAUCUGGUACACAUUUUCCCCUUCUUCUUUUUAGUUCUUCAUUUUUCUUUCCUUUUCUAUUAAGAUCUUGUGGGUAACAGUGAAAGAUCGUUUUUUUUUUCCGUCGCUUUUUCAUCGAGGAUGUCUCUCAAGAUCUGUCUGGGGAGUGGAGCUUGAUUUGAUUAUUGAUAUUAAGGAAUAAAAUCUCAUUCAACACACUAAACAAUAGGGAUUUUGCAAAUGCUAAAUUUUGGAAGGUCCAGAAGUCAGUCAAGGGCAGCCAGAGCUACAACAAUGGGAGGCAUGGAUUAUGCAGAUUCAAAAAAGAAGGGCAAUUUUGUUGGGAAAGUAUUUCUUGCUGCUGCAUUAACAACACUGUGCAUAAUCAUGAUCAAGCGAUCUCCAUCUUUGAAUUCCCCUAGCCCGUUUUCUGUUCGUGAACCUGGGGUCACUCAUGUUUUAGUAACAGGGGGUGCAGGAUAUAUUGGUUCACAUGCUGCUCUACGACUUCUGAAGGAGAACUAUCGUGUCACCAUAGUAGACAAUCUGUCACGUGGAAAUUUGGGGGCCGUCAAGGUUCUUCAAGACUUAUUUCCAGAACCUGGAAGGCUUCAAUUUAUUUAUGCUGACUUGGGAGAUCCACAAUCUGUUAAUAAAAUAUUUUUGGAGAACAAAUUUGAUGCCGUGAUGCACUUUGCUGCUGUUGCAUAUGUGGGAGAAAGCACUGCUGAUCCUCUUAAGUAUUAUCACAAUAUUACAUCAAACACCGUGUUGGUAUUGGAGUCUAUGGCUAAACAUGAUGUGAAGACAUUGAUAUAUUCCAGUACAUGUGCAACAUAUGGGGAACCUGAGAAGAUGCCCAUUACAGAAGAAACAAAGCAGGUCCCAAUAAAUCCAUACGGGAAAGCCAAGAAGAUGGCAGAAGAGAUCAUUCUUGAUUUAUCUAAAAACUCAGACAUGGCAGUAAUGAUUCUGAGAUACUUCAACGUGAUUGGAUCAGACCCUGAGGGAAGAUUGGGUGAGGCUCCUAGGCCUGAACUGCGAGAGCAAGGUCGAAUAUCAGGUGCCUGCUUUGAUGCUGCUCGUGGUAUUGUACCUGGUUUGAAGGUAAGAGGAACAGACUAUAAGACGGCUGAUGGAACUUGUGUACGAGAUUAUAUUGAUGUAACUGACCUGGUUGAUGCUCAUGUAAAAGCUCUGGAAAAGGCACAACCUAGUAAUGUUGGGAUCUACAAUGUUGGCACUGGAAAGGGUAGUUCAGUGAAGGAGUUUGUGGAAGCUUGUAAAAAGGCCACAGGGGUGGACAUUAAAGUGGACUACCUUCCGCGUCGUCCGGGCGAUUAUGCUGAGGUGUACAGUGACCCAUCAAAGAUCAAACGUGAAUUGAAUUGGGUUGCUAAGCACACUGAUCUUCAACAGAGUUUGAAGGUUGCAUGGAGAUGGCAGAAAUCUCAUCGUGAUGGUUACGGGGUUUCAAAUGCAUUAUUUUGAAUUACAUAGAAUUCUAACAUAGCAGCAGAAGACUAGAAGAAACCCCGGCAGCAUCCAUUUCAGCUGCACUUCUAUGAUAUCUUAGAAUAGGGGUUGAUAUUAUUUUUUUCUUCUUUUACUCCAUUGGGGAAUUUGUUCUUAGGGAGCAUGUAGUCCAUUUGAUACAUGUAUUGACCGCAUAAUAUGAUUCAAUAAUAUAAUGCAGAGGCUCUAUUAUACUU